AUUCUGAAUAGUCCAUUCGCCAUUUUCUCGUAGCUAGGAGAAGGAGAGACUUCAACCCUGCAUAGACAAAGAUCUGUGUGCUGCGCAGUCUGUUAAUCUAGCUAUAUCGAGGGCUUUCUUAAGAAAUUGAUAACAUAAUUUGAGGUUGAUACUUAAUUAAAAGCAAAUAAUCGACAGCUAGUUCAUUCAGAAGAGUCGCAAUGCCGAGCCACCCGCUUCGCGUGGCGGUUGUGUGCUCGAGCAACCAGAACCGCAGCAUGGAAGCUCACAACAUUCUCAGUAAGCGGGGCUUUGAUGUACGCUCAUUUGGGACGGGGUCUCAUGUGAAGCUACCUGGUCCAGCCCCGGAUAAGCCCAAUGUGUAUGACUUCAAAACCACAUAUGAACAGAUGUACAACGACUUGGUCCGCAAGGACAAGGAACUAUACACACAAAACGGAAUUCUGCACAUGCUGGACCGCAACAAACGCAUUAAGUCACGGCCAGAGCGCUUCCAGAACUGCAAGGACCAGUUUGACCUGGUCAUCACCUGUGAAGAGAGGGUGUAUGACCAGGUGUUAGAAGACCUGAACUCAAGAGAGCAGGAGACCCUCCAGCCGGUUCAUGUCAUCAAUGUGGACAUCCAGGACAACCAUGAGGAGGCCACCCUGGGGGCCUUCCUGAUCUGUGAACUGUGUCAGUGUAUUCAACACACCGAUGACAUGGAGAACGAGAUGGAUGAGCUGCUGCAGGAGUUUGAGGACAAAAGCAACAGGCCUUUCCUCCACACUGUCUGUUUCUACUGAUGCUGCCCCCACACCUGACGACACACAUCACUUCUAUGCCCCUUCACACAUUCACUUAAAUAAGCAAACAUGAUACUGUAAACCAAUUCUGCUGUUGGUGGGGAUCACCAACAGCAGAAGCAAAAGCUCCCUUUCUCAGAGAGCUCAUCACUUUAGCACCUCUGUUUACUCCUUGACAUGGCCAUGGUCAGCUCACUGUCGUCCCGUCCCCCCCUUACAGUGAAACCACUGACCUAUUUCUCCUCAGAAUCAACAAGCCCCCAUUUGAUUUGCUGAACCGAAUGUAUUCCCCUUUUGAACAAAAAAGGGUAGGAUGUUUUCUAAGUUGUGCAUAUUGAUCCUAUUUGAGUUUGAGUUCAUUUUUGAAGAAUGGGUCGAUAUGCUCAUUGAUUACGUAUGAUUUGACACUUUUUACUUCUGCUUGAUUGAGAAGUGUUUUUAUGGGAUCAGAAUGAUGUUUUAGGGUGAAUGUCCGGACUGACAGUGUCAGUGUUAUAGUACAGCGGGAAUUAAACCGUAGGGGUAUAAUAAUGAAUAACCAAACCAAGAGACCACAGGGUUCUCAUUUCUCCUCCCACUUUGUUUUCAUAUAUUAUGUAUUGAUUCAUAUUUAACUCCAGUUUGCUUUAUUUCAGGGCGUAGAAUAUUUGUUUCUUUUGUAAAUGUAAAGAAAUGAAAACAUGUAAUAAUUUGCAAACUCAAGAGUGCCUGAAUUUCUGUAUGUACAUAAUAGGAAUCUAGUAAAGGAAUAAAAUACUCUAGGGAAACAUCAA